AUGUUGCAGCGAGCCCUAGCGGACCAUCAGACCCGCCUACGUCAGGGUGAGAGUGCAGCACCUCCUAGCGAAAGCAACGAGUCAUCCUCGUCGAGCAACAACACGCGGAGAGGUGACGAUGCGAACAACGCACAAUCCAAGACGGAUCAGCUGUUGAAGAAACAGCAGGAAUUAUUGGAGAAAUACGAACAGCGGCUGCAGCACCUUCAAAGACAGGCAGCGGGGUCGCUAGCAGACCACACGGUUUCCUCUCAAGAUCAGGGCCAAGAGGAAAGAGAUGAUACAUCUCAGUCGCCGGCAGCACCAAACAAAGAAGGUGAGCGUUUGGAGUUUAGGAUUCCAGGUAGCGCGGCCCGGCGGAUCACCGGAUACAGUUACUUCAAGAGCAUCUAUUUUGCUACAGGAUAUUGUCUACGCAAAAUAUUGGAUAAUCGACAUGAGAGAUUGUCCGGCGCGAUCUAUUCGCAGCAGCAGAAUCAACGAUUCGAGGCGGAUGUCUUGCGGGAAUCACUGCCACGACACGCAGCGUUAUCAACUCCUACGACACCAGUAACUCCACCGCCGGGUAGUGAUAAGGAGUCCCCUCCAACACCGGAAAGUAUUGCGGCAGACCGCCAGGUACUUCAUGCGCGGAUGCUUAGACUAUCCGAGAAGUUGUGUAAAGUAGUCGGGGCGAAUGAUCUACCACAGGACGAAGCCCUACGAGGGGCACUAGAGACUUUACGAGUUACACAUGACUCUCGACCAAUAACCAAGCACGAGCCACGAGAACCGAGAAGCUGGCCAGAAUGGCCGUCGAAUAUAUACCAACUACAUAAUGUCUUGGAGAGAGAUACGAAGGGAGCCCUAUUGGAGGCGCUGAAGAAUGCGCAGAUCUCGGGCCCAGACGCGGCGUGGAGCUUGCGGUGGGGUUAUAAGGUCAUUAGCCAUUUUGAGGCUGAGCAAUCGACCUUGGAAUACAUUAAGUCCAACCACCAGCGGUUAGUUAACUGGACACCGGAGUUACAGAUGUAG